AUGUCGCUGACCAACACAAAGACGGGAUUUUCUGUCAAGGACAUCUUGGACCUGCCGGACACCAACGAUGAGGAGGGCUCGGUGGCCGAAGAGCCAGAGGAGGAGAGCGAGGGGCCAGAGCCCGCCAAGAGGGCCGGGCCGCUGGAGCAGGGCGCCCUGGACACCGUGCAGAGCCUGCCCCUGAAGAACCCUUUCUACGACAGCAGCGACAACCCAUAUACACGCUGGCUGGCCAGCACCGAGGGCCUCCAGUAUUCCCUGCACGGGCUGGCGGCCGGAGCGGCGCCCCAGGACUCGAGCUCCAAGUCUCCUGAGCCUUCAGCGGACGAGUCACCGGACAAUGACAAGGAAACCUCGGGCGUUGGGGGGGAUGCGGGCAAGAAGCGGAAACGGCGGGUGCUGUUCUCCAAAGCGCAGACCUACGAGCUGGAGCGGCGUUUCCGGCAGCAGCGGUACCUGUCGGCGCCCGAGCGCGAGCACCUGGCCAGCCUCAUCCGCCUCACACCCACGCAGGUUAAGAUCUGGUUCCAGAACCACCGAUACAAGAUGAAGCGCGCCCGGGCCGAGAAAGGUAUGGAGGUGACGCCCCUGCCCUCGCCACGCCGGGUGGCCGUGCCUGUUUUGGUCAGGGACGGCAAACCGUGCCACGCGCUCAAAGCCCAGGACUUGGCAGCCGCCACCUUCCAGACCGGCAUUCCCUUUUCGGCUUACAGCGCGCAGUCUCUGCAACACAUGCAGUACAACGCCCAGUACAGCUCGGCCGGCACUCCCCAGUACCCGACAGCACACCCCCUGGUACAGGCCCAGCAAUGGACUUGGUGA